CCGUGUCCAGUAUCUAUGCCUUCUGUUAUUACUUAUUAGUCGCAUGUGCUGUAUCUCUGCUGUGAGCCUUUCACCUGUGUUAUCAACCACUCAACGAUGUUCUCCUACAUGUUAUCAAGCCUUGGGAUGCUCUCUCGGAGAUCAAAGCUCAUCAUACACAGCUGUAAAGCUACUUCUGCCAAACAAAUGGACAAUUCACAAAAAGUGUCCAUUGAGUUCAAUAGGUUGGCGUGGUUAGGAGACUCUGUUUUGAGGCUAGCCACUUCAGUAUAUCUUUACAACACAAGACCACACAACAGCAACGGAGAACUUGCAGUAGCUAGAGACAGACUAGUCUCUAAUUAUAUUUUAUCUUACCUUGGAAAGAAGAAAGGUAUCACAUGCACGAUGCAGUCAACUUAUUUUGAGAAAUUAAGGUUGCUACCACCUGGCUAUGAAGCUGCAUCAAAGGAAUUUUAUAAAAUUAUUUCUCUGCAGAAUAUACAAGUAGCUGAUAUCGUUGAGGCACUGAUAGGAGCUCAUACAUUGACUGGUGGUUUGAUUGGAGGAAUAAAUUUAAUGAAAUGGUUGGGAGUAAUGAUCUGUAAUGAUUCUGUGCCUACACUACAUACACAUGUUCCUCACACUCAGUCAAUACUUUUUGCUGAUUCAAGUCAAAUAUUUUCCAGUUAUUUUGGAUCUCCUCCUCCUCCUAGUCUCACUGUGUCAGACAAGGAGAGACACAGCAUCAUGUCAGAAAUGAGCAGCAUUGAAAAAGGAUUACAGUAUACUUUUAAAAACAAGUUGCUCCUUAUAGAUGCAAUGACACAUUCUUCCUAUACAUGUGAUGGAACACUCAAAAGUAGAUUGAAAUUCCUUGGAGAUGCCAUUUUGGAUUAUCUAGUAACUUGUCACGUACAUGUAUUCCAGCAGGAGUUUUCUUCUGUACGUGUGCAUGUACUUAAGUCGGCAAUUUUUCGUGACUCUUGCUUCGCUGAGCUUGCUGUUUCUCUUAAUCUUCAUAAGUGCUUGCGUCACAACUCACCACAGCUUUUAGCAAAUAUGACAUCUUAUAGAGAAAGAUUGGAGGAAAAGAAGAAUGAAGAACUGGGAAUAAAGUUUGAAGAAAUAUCGAUGAAUAGUGAUGAGGUUGGAGCUGAGAGUCUAAAAGGUGAUGAUGACAUGACCCAUCCACCAAAAUCACUUCGGGAAUGUUUUGUGUCAUUAGCUGGUGCAGUGUUUAUUGAUAGUGGAAUGAACCUACAAACUGUAUGGAAGACUUUCUCUCCUCUACUGGAGCCAUUAUUUGAAAAGUUUAAAUGCAAUGUUCCAAUGAUGCCAGUGCUGGAGUUAAAUCAUCAUGACCAUAAUAUGACUGUCAAGAAGAAACAAGUUGCACCGAUACAGAAAUUUAACUGAUAUUCCGAUAACUGAUAUUCUAUUGCCGAUAAAGACCGAUACCAAUAACCGAUCCGAUAUUAAUAACUAAUAUUAAAGUUUAUUAAGUAAUUAUUAAUAAACUUUAAUCAAUAAUACAAUUUAUAUAACCAAAGUUCGUUUUCCUAAAA